CUGUUUAGACAGGCGUCGCUCGCUCCCCCCUGCCUGUCUGUGAGGAAUAAAUAUAAAGAUAUUUAUUAGUUCACUCUAGAUGUGGUCUUACACUGAGGGCCUUAUUGUUUCGAUCUAGUUUUCGCCAUUAGCCUGCGAUGCAUCCGGAAAUAACCCUUUACACCCACCAUUUCAGAAAGUUUUUUUGGCAAUCGGCAAGCAUUUUUGUUUGUUAGGUAUUCCAUUUCUAUUUCUAUAAAAUUCAAUUGAAAGCAAAAAAAAUAGCCGUACGAAUUUCAAUAAUAAAUGAUGAUGGGUUAACGACCUGUUCAGAGCGAGCGUUGGGAGGUCGACAAGUCAGCAGUUACUCAGUCGGAAACGGCUCGUUGGUUGUUAUCGGAUACUUUUUAGUUUUCUUGUGGGUUUUCUCGAAAGCGAAGGGAAUUGUAAAAGGGUACUUUCGCCAAUCAGGGAAUCCUAUAUUGUGUUGUUUAUGAGGGGCAUUUCACGACGCCGAACGAGAAAACAUCGCAGCCAAACUGACUAUAAACCGCUAUUCAUAAAUCCGGGUAAUAACAGAUGUGUAAUUAUUUCUUGGUGGUGGUGAGCUUUAGUGGCCAUCAAUUCUUGGAUUCCAAGCGAUGACGGGCAAUGCGCAUGCGUGUAUGGUGUGUGCCGCUUCCUUCGUUGUGCAGUUCGUCGUCCUUGGGAUUCAGAAUUCCUAUGGCGUGUUGUUCACUCCGCUGUUGACGGAGUUCAAGGGCUCUGAGAUGGUAACAGCGUGGCCGGGUACCCUGUCUUUUACCCUGAUCUAUCUGUUUGGCCCCCUUGUGGCGGUCUUGUGCCGCCGUUACGGCUGCCGUGUGAUCACGUGCUGCGGAGCUUUCCUCGCCGCCCUUGGCCUCCUAAUGACGUCAUAUGUCACGCAACUCAGCCUCCUGUUUGUCACGUACGGUGUGACUUGGGGCCUAGGCGCUAGCAUGUCAUAUUUUGGAUCACUGCUUGUGCUUAACUCUUAUUUUGACAAGCGUCUUUCAUUGGCUUACGGGGUCGCACUCGCUGGAGCAGGCGUCGGGGUCCCUGUGGUGGCGACGUCCAUGAGCUAUCUGAUUGGCUCUUAUGGCUGGCGGUUUGCUGUGCGUCUUCUUGCCAUAUUGGGUGUUUUUGUAUUUCUCUGUGGACAACUCUUCAAACCUCCUCAGACUCCGGCCAGGAAUUAUGGGUGCACUAAGAGUUUGAUCUGCCAAUCAAAAAGUCAGAACAAGGGGCACGUGACUGCUAAGUGGGGCUACGUAAAUAAGAAGGGGAUCCGAGCUAUCAUUGACUUGUCCCGAGUGUUUCUCGACGUCCGGUUAUUUGCUCGGAACAAGGCGCUCGUGGCGUGGACAUCGGGACUGUGUUUGAUUCUCUCUGGUUACUUCAUGCCAUUUGUUUUCUUGGUUCGCAUGGCAAGUGACGUUGGUGUCCCGGCAUCCAACGGGGCCCUACUUGUUGGUUACCAGGCUAUCACGCAGACUGUUUUUAAAGUGAUAUUUGGCGCGCUGGGCGACAUGAAACCGUCCAAGCGGAUCACGCUGCUGCAAGUCGCCGCGCUAGUCAGUGCCGUGAAUACCACCCUUUGCCCACUGUCACGUGACUAUGCGGGUUUUGUGGUAUAUGUGGUGGUGUUUGGCGUGUGUGACGGCUGUUUUGCUGUCAUGUUCAGCAUGGGAACGCAUUAUAUCGUCGGCACUGAGGACAUGCCUGUCGUGUUUGGAAAUGUCUGUUCCGUCGUUGCAAUGGCGCAAGCGUUUGCAACACCGCUGGCGGGGUUUGUCUACGAUGUUUACCAAGAUUACAGUCUGGCGUUCUUCAUCUCUGGCGGAUUGACAUCUCUUGGUGUGUGUGUCUUGUUUCUCGUUCCUCUUCUCAUGGAAGAAGCUAACGAGACACGCACUUCGUGUCAGGAUCUGGACAUCAGGACGGCGGAUGAAUCUACUAUCGCGGACACUACCCUUACGUCCUCUGAUUGCCAAGAGACAAUGAAUGAAUUAUACUCAAGGCAAGAGACAAUGAAUGAAUUCUACUCAAGGCAAGAGACAAUGAAUGAAUUAUACUCAAGGCGAGAGAAGGGUGAUACAUCCAGUGGGUUUAGUGGUGCAAGUGCGAAGGAGGUGACCGAGACAUCAGAGAGGGCCAUCCACAGUUUAAACACAUGCUCAGAAAUGACAAACCGUUUACCUGAUAUAUCAGAUGGAUCUGAUGAGUGUAAUCCACCGGGCGAGGGUGAAAACGAGUUCCGUAACAAAAAGCAAGACAUGAUUCAAGACAUUUUCAGUUUUGAUUCAGAUAGCAGGUAUUUUCAAAUAGAGCCUAAAGUUGUCUGCAAUGAGAAUGGAGCCAGGAGGAGUUGCCAUGGCAGCGUCGAUUAUUGUUUAACAUACGAACCUGGUCAAGAUGGACAAGAAGUAUAUCUAGAGGGUCUUUGUCCGGUCGACAGCUUGUCAUACCUGGAGUUGAAUGAGAGGAGAGCAAGUGAUUUCCUAAAACAUUCUAAAAUAUCCCUUGUAUCAGCUAGAGAAACUAAUUACCAACAAUUAGAUAGCGGCUGCUCUUCCAGUGGUGUACUUUUAGAUGAGAUAGUUGAGGAUCUUUUAACGAAAAAACACGGAGACUCCUUUAUGGAACUUCUUAAAGACUUUAGUCUCGCGAAUAAGUAUGUGACGAGUAAACGAAAGCGUGAAGAGAAUGAAAACCCGGCUGAAGUCGAGUUAAGCUUUGGUUGUCCACGAGACUGUUCAUGUGACCGUGAGACGCCCGUAUAAGUCUUAGAGGUGUUCUGACAGGAUUCCUGUGGAUGGUAAGAGUUCUGACGACACAAGCAGGUCCCAGACUUGGGGAGUAGCGCGCUUCCUUUCAUGUCAGAGUACUUAGGGACUAGCUCGUGUUGUGAGCACAUAGGAUAAUUCACUGUUCGAUUAUCGUUUGGCGUGUUCUUUUUUACAUAUUUACGCGAAAAGGGAAAAUAGGAAAUUCUACAUCAAGGAACGGGUCUUUUUGUGCCCUGAAUAAAGUUUCAAAGACACUACGAA